AUUGAUUAAUCGAAUUAGGUCACACUGGUCAAAACAAACCUGUGAAAUAGUUUUCAUCUUUUUCUGAAUAUUAUUAAAUCUUAGAUUUUACAAUGGGGCGAAGGAAGUCUAAAAGAAAGCCGCCUCCGAAGAGAAAAAACAUUGAGCCACUUGACCAACAGUUUAAUUGUCCAUUUUGUAACCAUGAAAAAUCGUGCGAAGUAAAAAUGGACAAGCGGCGAAAUACUGCUAAAAUAACAUGUCGCGUCUGCUUAGAGGAUUUCCAAACUGGGAUUAACUUUUUAUCGGAACCAAUUGACGUUUAUAAUGAUUGGGUUGAUGCUUGUGAAACUGCGAAUUAAUAAAUGCAUAUACUUAUAA